AUGAUGGACCACCUCAGCAGCAGCACCCUCCGCCCCCCCUCCUGCCCCUCCCUCUCCUCCUGCCCCCUGCCCUGCGCCCCCUCCAGUCUCCCCGAGCCUCCCAUCGCAUGUCUGGGAAUGAUUAUACUCGGGGCCGUGCUGAUUCAAACCAUCGCUGUUUCUGUUAGUUUUAUGUACUUCAACCAAGUCAUCAGUAAGAUGAAGGAGAGUUUUUCCAGGAGCAGCGUGUCUUGUUUGAUGAACUCAAAUCCACCCUCUGGACUCCAGGACAGCGGCUCCGAGGGGAAGAAGGACGACCCCUGUUGGCAAGUCACACAACAGCUCCGCUCCCACAUAGAGAAGGCAAUGGAAGAAAAAUUUCAAACUGAGAUCUCCAAAACUAUGACAAACGAUCCGACGUCCGUGCUGCCGCUGUUUGCCCCUGCAGUCCGAGGCGUCCCUCUUCCCAAAGUGGCGGCUCACGUAACCGGAGUCGCAUCCCCCACAGAGAGCUCCGCGCCAGAAGGCUCGCGGGGCAGUAAGGGUCACCUGGGGGAGCGUGUGCGGGCCUGGGAAGGGCAGCGCGGCCUGGCCUUUCUGCUGAACAUGGAGCUGAAGGGAGGAGAGCUGCUGGUGCCUAAAGCCGGCCUGUACUACAUCUACGCUCAGACAUACUUCAGACUGCCCUCUACUGGAGACACUGAGGCGCAGGAGCCCAGCGGGGAGGACGGGGCAGAGCUGGUCCAGUACAUCUACAAAAAGAUGAGCUCAUACACAGUUCCCAUUCUCCUGAUGAAGUCCUCCCGGAGCGUGUGUUGGCCCCGCGGUCAGGAGCCAGGCAUCUUCUCCCUGCAUCAGGCCGGCACUGCCUUCCUCCAGCCGGCAGACCGACUCUUCAUCACCGUCAGCAACGCCAGUACCAUGGACGGGAGGGCCAGCUAUUUCGGGGCCUUUCUUGUGGGAUAG